AUUCAGUUUCGCUGCGCUCGGCGUAAAAUAUGGAAAAUGUACAAUCAACUGAUCAAAAAGGAACGACUACGCAUUACUCGAGUGGUUUGUUAAAUGGAUUUCAUCCGUUACCACCCAGCAACGGAGACUGCAUUGCUUUUAAUUCAAAUGUUUGCAGCGGUGGUAGUGAUAAUGGCACUAACAGUAGCGGUGGCCAUAAUGGUAUUGAAAAUUUCCACCAUCUUCAGCAGGAUGUGCACAACAAUGGUUCGCCUGCUAAACGCUGCAGGCUUCGGAGACGAAUGGAUUCGGGGAAAAAGAACCGGCCGCCUUUCCCUUGGUUCGGCAUGGAUAUUGGCGGAACCUUGGUAAAGCUGGUCUACUUUGAACCCAAAGACAUCACCGCCGAAGAGGAGCAGGAGGAGGUGGAGAGCCUAAAGAGCAUCCGUAGAUACCUGACUUCUAACGUCGCCUACGGCAACACGGGCAUCAGAGACGUGCACCUGGAACUAAAGAACCUCACCAUGUGUGGUCGCAAGGGCAACCUGCACUUUAUCCGUUUCCCCACGCAAGAUAUGCACGGUUUUAUUCAGAUGGGCAGAGACAAGAACUUCUCCAGCCUCCACACCACUCUGUGCGCCACUGGAGGAGGCGCAUACAAGUUUGAGGAGGACUUCAGGAUGAUUGCUAACUUAGAGCUACAGAAGUUGGAUGAACUGGACUGUCUGAUCCACGGUCUCCUUUUUGUUGAUUCUGUUGGCUUUAACGGGCACCCAGAAUGCUACUUUUUCGAAAAUCCCUCUGACCCUGAAAACUGUGUUAAAAGGCCGUGUUGUCUUGACAACCCUUUCCCCAUGUUGCUGGUAAACAUUGGCUCAGGGGUCAGCAUCCUGGCAGUGUACUCAAAGGACGACUAUAAAAGGGUCACAGGCACCAGUUUGGGUGGUGGUACAUUCCUUGGACUCUGCUGCUUGCUGACAGGCUGUGAGACAUUUGAGGAGGCCUUGGAGAUGGCAGCUAAGGGGGACAGCACUAAUGUAGACAAACUGGUGAAGGACAUUUAUGGUGGAGAUUAUGAACGUUUUGGUCUUCAAGGGUCUGCUGUUGCAUCCAGUUUUGGUCAUAUGAUGAGUAAGGAAAGACGUGAUAGCAUUAGCAAAGAGGAUUUGGCCAGGGCCACUCUUGUUACCAUCACCAAUAACAUUGGAUCCAUUGCCCGCAUGUGCGCAGUGAAUGAGAAAAUUGAAAGAGUUGUUUUUGUUGGGAAUUUCCUUCGAAUCAACACAGUGUCAACCAAGCUGCUAGCUUAUGCUAUGGACUUUUGGUCUAAAGGACAACUGAAAGCCCUAUUUUUGGAACAUGAAGGUUAUUUUGGAGCUGUCGGUGCCUUCCUUGAGUUACUAAGGAUGACAGAUGACCUCUGAGAUGCAAUGGAAGUACCAGCUUAUGAGACGCUGCUGUAAGAGUUCAGGAAAGCCCCCUCUGAGUAUGGGGAAAAGCCAUUUUCGUAAUUUAUGAUAUUUAAGAUAUUGCCUGUUUACUCCUUCCCCAUUCUGAGGUUUUAUGCUAUUAAUCUUAAUAUGAAUGGGGUUUGGAGGUAUGUGUAGUACAAUGGGUACCACUGAUAAACCACUGAUAAGCCAGCCUUUCUGGUACUACUGUUAAUGAAAGAAUGAAAAUGUAUCUAUUUACAGACAGCGACCUGAAAGCCAAAAUCUACUGACUUUAGUCUGAUGGUUCGAUUUCUGUCUACUAAUUGACUUAAUUCUUUUUUCUUUUUUUUUUUUUUAAUCACCAGCUUCUUAAAAGAAAUGAACUCACAACAUGUUCAGCGCUAACUUCUCUUAUGGAGCUUAAUCAUGUAUAAGUUUUUCUCUUAUCCUCACUCAUGACUUAAGCAUGAACAGUUAGGAUAAGUCAGAUCAUUUUGAAGAAGAAAAUCUCAACAAACUCAACAUUUUUUUUUAACAAUUUAGCCGUUAUUUUCAUGCUCACGCUGACUUGUUCGUUGGAGUUUUGUUACUUUAUUUACUUAAUUUCUCAUUAGUUGUCCUUUCUUUUUGGGUUUGCAGUAUCAGGGAGAAACUGGAUAGUUCUGUUCGACUCUUGUAUUAUCGUAAAUGUGUGAUUCUGAUCGUAGUUCAGUCUAAAUUCUGAUUUAUUAAGGAACUGUUUUAUAGAGAUAAAUCUCCAUACGUGUCAUUUGGCCUCUGUGACAUACGUGAAUUUUUCACCCAUACUUGUACAAACUGUGGGACCAUAUAUGAGUGUUAAUUUACCAUUGACAGUGUCACUUGGAAGCAAAACAUUAAGCAAAGAAUUAUGCUUCUGGAGAACUUUCAAAGUUGACCCUUGCUCAGACCUUUAAUAGACUCCAAGAGAUAUGGUGAGCACCAUUUUUCUUUGGGGGGAAAAAAAAGUCCAUGCCUUGGACUUUGGCUGACUGCGCUGUUCUAAAAGUGAGUUCAUUUUCUUUUUGAUCUUGAGGAUGUGUGUAACAAUAUUUACAACUUUAAUUUAAUGUACAUUAUGCAAAUGUUGUUAUUUAAGAUAUCGUCAGCCUCGCGAGGCAUAAGAUAGUGUUUAAGCUUCGGAUGACCUUAAAAAAGCUCUACACUGUGUUUUCUCCAGCCUUUUCUUACAGAUGCCUUCACCACCAUUUCAUUAUAUUGCAUAUCAUUGGCCUAGACUUAAACAAUAUCACUCAUAGUAUUUUUAACCCCGUUUAUGCCCUUGACUGACGCCAGAGACUGUAUUAAGAGAGAUGUUCCUUUUCUGCCUGAAUUUAAUACAAAUGCCUAAUCCUAUAAAUGUUUCACUCCACCCCAAAGUUAAAAAGAAAGGACAUGAGUCUCUUUUGGCUGAUGGUAAAAACGUAAUAUUUCUGGUUGGCCAGAGCAGUUUAGCAGCAAAUGAAAUCUGUGCUUCUGAGGCUAGAUUCCUAAAAAAAUUUAGUGAGCUUAAUCUGCCUAAAUAUUUCAAGUAAAAAAAAAACAAAAGCACUUCUAAGAGACUUAAGAAAUACUUUUUUAUCCCCCUCCUCUGACCUCAUUCUUUAGCCAGUGUUGCUGCAAUUCCGUAUAAUUGUUGUGUGACCCAAAUUUGUAAAACUGAAGACUUUUUUCCCAUUUGUUAACAGAUUGAGCCAUGGGUUUACUAAUUAGCUUUAUCCAUCAAAUCCAUAUUUAGCAAUGUAGCAUGAAAACAGUCAAAUCUCCACUGACACAGAUCAUUUAGAACAAGAUAUCUUGCAGUUUUCUGUGUGUGUGUGUG